UACUUACGUCGGUUUGUCCCUAAAAGUUUGUCUUAUGUCUGGAAAACCCGCCCCAGCUCCACCAAAACCGAGACCUAAGCCAGGCCAUGUUGACGUCGUUCGCGCUCUCUUCAACUACACCGCUCAGCACGUGGACGAAUUGUCGUUCGAAGAAGGAGACACCCUCUACAUUGUAGAUAAGAACUCUGAGAAGGGAUGGUGGAAGGGAAGGUGUGGCGACAAAAUUGGUCUGAUUCCGACGAACUACAUCGAAAGUAGCACCGAGACCAUCGACUUCCCGUUGCACGAAGCAGCUAAACGAGGGAAUGUCGGUUUUCUUCGGGAAUGCCUUGCAAAUAAGGUGUCUGUGAAUGGGUUGGAUAAGUCGGGAUCGACUGCACUGCACUGGGUAGCGAAUGGUGGCCAUGUUGAGUGUGCUCAAAUCCUUCUGAAGACUCCGAAUAUUGAAAUCAAUGCUCAAAACAAACUUGGUGAUACCCCUCUGCACAAUGCUGCAUGGAAGAAUCAUCCAGAAAUCGUUCAGAUGUUGCUAGCACGGGCAGCAAGAACUGAUCUGUUGAACAAAGAGAAGAAGAGUGCAUACGAUAUGGCACGUGAUCCUGAAGUUGGGAAACUGUUGCAAGUUAGAAUGGUUUUGAGAGAUGAUGAGUAUGGUGGAGAUGAAGACUCAGAUUAGAAUGCUUUGACACUCAUAUCAAGACCUAAAUCAAUGACACAGUCACACUUUACAAUUAAUUAAUUAAAUUGCUUCUCUAUUACAGUUAUGUUCGUUAUAUAGCUUCAGAACUUCGUCUGCUA